UUGCGGCGUAACGAUCACGUGUGGAUCCGCUCUGCGUGUUCUUCGCAGUAAGACAGCCAAGCCGCAGGUGAGGUCAAAUGAGGAGGAACGGAGUCGGAGAUCCUGUUGGCAGGUGAAAGAAGUUUUUUAAAUUAAAGCGAGCAAAUAAAUGGAGGAGUACAAAGCAGGUCUGGUAGAGAGUCUCAUAAUAUGGUUGCAGACCUUCAACACUCCUGCACCCUGUGGAUUAGUGGAGGAGCUGACCAAUGGAGCAGCAAUGUCACAGGCACUGCAUCAGAUUGACCCGACAUGGUUCAGUGAUGCAUGGCUCGGUCGUCUCAAAACAGAUGUUGAAGGCAACUGGAGGCUGAAGAUGAAUAACUUGAAGAAGAUCCUUCAGAUGGUUGUGGAUUAUUACAGUGAGGUUUUGGCUCAGGACAUCUCAGGCUUCCCUUUGCCUGACCUGGCCGUGGUCGCUGAGCACUCAAACCCUGUGGAGCUGGGGAGACUGCUGCAGCUCAUACUAGGGUGUGCUGUCAACUGUGAGCGCAAACAAGAGUACAUUCAGAUCAUCAUGACCUUGGAGGAGUCUGUACAGCAUGUUGUAAUGACUGCUAUCCAGGAGCUUAUGAGUAAAGAGACCCUGUCUCUGUUUGCAUCAGAGUCAUCUGGGGAUUUGGAACAGCAGCUAAAAAAAGCACUCGAGGACCUUGCUGAACUCUUAGCAGAGAAGGAAAGUUUAACUCAGCGCUGUCAAGAGCUCGAUAUACAGGUGACCCUCCUUCAAGAAGAACGGAACAGUUUAUUGGCUGAGAAUGAUGUCUUAACAGACCGUGCCAAUCAGUUGUACACCUUUGAUGACCCAAGCACACCUUCGGGGAGAAAGCACAGUCAGUUACAACAGCAGCUCGAGGCACUGCAGGAGGAGAACUUCAGGCUGGAGGCUGCAAAGGAUGACUACCGGAUCCACUGUGAAGAGUUGGAGAAACAGUUGGUUGAAGUUCAGCACCGCAACGAUGAACUUACCAGUCUGGCAGAAGAAUCUCGUGCGCUUAAAGAUGAACUGGAUGUUCUACGAAACUGCUCAGAUCGGGUGGUAAUGCUGGAGGCCUCAGUAGAAACUUACAAGCGUAAGCUGGAGAAUUUAGGUGAUUUGAAGAGGCAGAUGAAGCUGCUGGAGGAGAAUAAUAUGACCUACAUGCAGAACACUGUUAGUCUGGAAGAAGAGCUGAGGAGGGCCAACGCUGCACGUGCACAGCUUGAGACAUACAAGCGACAGGUUCAGGAGCUGCACAAGAAGCUGUCGGAGGAAUCGAGACGGGCAGACAAUCUGGCCUUUGAGAUGAAGAAAUUGGAAGAGAAACAUGAGACUGUGAUUAAGGAAAAGGAGAGAAUCAUUGUUGAGAGAGACUCCAUAAAAGAAAUCAACGAGGAGCUACGGUGCGCUCAGGUUCAGCAGCACCACCUCUCUCAAGCAGGUAUUCUUCCUCCUGGCAGCCCCACCCAUGACAACCUGGCAGCUGAGUUAUUACCCAUUGAAUACAGGGAGAAGUUCAUCAGACUUCAGCAUGAGAACAAGAUGCUGAGGGUGCAGCAGGAGGAAUAUGAGCAGGAGAAGAUCACUGCUCUGCAGGCACAGCUUGAGAAAGCACAUAAGACACGCAGUGAGCUGGAGACAGACAAUAGAUUAAGUCUGGAGAGGAUUAGAGUUCUGCAGCAGCAGGUUGAGGACCUCCAGAAGGCUCUUCAAAGUCAGGCUGCCAAACCUGAUGAUUCAAACCUAAAGAGGAAACUUGAUGCACAUAUGGUCCAGCUGAACGAGGCUCAGGAUGAAAUCAUGAGGAAGAAAGAGCUGCUGGAGGACCUUCAGCCUGACAACACUCAGACUGCAUUGAAGGUGGAUGAGCUAAUGGCAGCACUGAAAAAGAAGGAUGAUGACAUGAGGGCCAUGGAGGAGAGAUAUAAAAUGUAUUUGGAGAAGGCUCGCAAUGUGAUUCGAGCUUUGGAUCCUAAACUGAAUCCAGCCACAGCAGAGAUUCAGGCUCUGAGGAACCAACUGGCUGACCGGGACAAGCAGAUUCUCAGUCUGGAGCGUCAGUGUGAACAGGCCAGGCUGAGGGAGUAUGAGGAGAAGCUGAUUGUCACAGCAUGGUAUAAUAAGAGUGUCAACUUUCAGAAGUUGGCCAUUGAAUCACGUCUCGGUGGCCGCGCUUCAAUGCUGUCUCCUGGUCAGUCCUUCCUCGCCCAGCAGCGACUAGUCUCGAAUGCACCACGCCGGGCCCUGUCCAUCAACAUGCCUGCUGCUACCACAAAGUAGAACUUUUCACAGAGUCAGACGUCUCACCUUAUUCACUUAAGGGGAAACUGUGCCCUCAGUGUCCUCACAUCCUAAGACAAUUCAACACUUAAGUGACCUUAAACACAUCUCCUUUUGGUGUGGGAGGGGACAAAGAUGAGGUGAUUUGACACAGUCUCACGAUCCACUGUAAGAUACACUACACUCAGGCUGAACCUCAUAGAGAACAUUGACGUGUAGCCUGCAUUCACCUCACUAGCUAAAGCAGCUGACAGCAUUCAAGCAAUGAGAAUGUAUUUUUCUUCUGUACUUUGUGUUUGGGCUUCACAAAAGUUCAGACUUGACAGAAUAUCUGUUUAAGUUAGCCUUUGUUAUUAUUUUCUGUAAUCCUUGGAAAAAAAAGUUAGAAAUGAGAGAAGACAUGUUCAGCGUCUGGCAAUUUUAUGACUUUUCCAUAAGGAGAUUGUGUUUUCAGUGCUGUUUGUCUGUUAGCAGGCUUAAGCAAAAACUACUGACGUUUGUGGAAGGGUGGAGUAUGGAGGCCAAGGAGGAAUCCAUUAACUAGUGGAGUGGAUCUGAUUAAGCGGGCAGCUCCAGCAUUGUUUUCUUUCUGUCUUUAGCAUUGCGAGAUGGAAUGAAUCAUUUGUUUUAGAUUGCUAUAAAGAUCCAAAUUUUAUGGAUCAAAAUAUGAAAUGGGGUGGGUGGGGGGGUGAAUUUAUAUUGGGUGCGCGUAAGAUAACAAAUUUGGGUCGAUACCGCCAACUCUUUCCGCAUUCUGUUAGCAUGCAAACGUAGGUAUUUAUUUCUGAUGGUGUAAGCAAAGUCAUUAAACAUCUUGCCCAGUUUGUCUUACACUCACCUGAUAUGUGAGGAAGCCAGCUUGAAAAUAUAUUUUUCACCCCCCUCAGAUUUUUUUUUUUCUUUUUAGAACCUGUGAUUAAGGUCUAUACUUAGGUCUUGGUGAAGUCAUGUGCUCUUGGAGCAGGUCUUCUUCACAAUGAAGCCAAGAGCAUGAAUGUGACUUUUAAAAUGGUUACAUGAAUGCUAAUGCUAACUAAAUGUACUUUAAUAUAUUUAAUUAUACAAUCAUGCUAUGCACUGAAGGGUGUACUACACCAAUUAGCAUUUGAAUAAUAAGAAAAAUAUACCUUUUUUAAAUGUCAUUUCAAAGUCAGAAUGGUUAUAAUUGAUGCUGGUUGCCAUCAUUUGUUGAGUAACAAUCAUUAAAACAAAACCCUCCUCUUGAAGUGUUUGAACCCACCCCGUGAGGCUGUGAAUAUUCUGUAAAUCAUAAUAGUGGAUGAUCCUCUGAUCUGCAGCAGCAACAAAUCAUAGAGCAGAAAUUCAGGUUUAUUGUAUUUAUUGUUUCUAUAGUGUCUGUUCUGACUUAUGUACUGGCAGCAUGCUGUAAAUCAGGCAAAGCCUGGAUAGUCAAAUAUUCUGAAAAUGUUAUUUAAAGGUAACUAAUAAAGAGUAGCCAGAAGCA